AGGGAACCACAGAACGCGGCCCGGGCUCUGGGUUGGGUGGAGACGCGCAUUGUUUGGGCUCCGGGCCGGAUCGAUGGCGGCGGGGCUGCUGGGCGGCUUGGGGUCGGAGCGAAGGCUGGCCCGCUCGGUAGCUCAUCUUCUUAUUACAUUGAAGUGCAAAGGAAGGAAAACUCCUUCCAGUCGUCAGGCCUCUCCUGGGAUGAGGCUGAAAAGUUCUAUUUGCACCCUGUUUACCUGACUGAGCAGAGGACAAAGGAACAUAAUUUUGCCAAGAUUAAGCUGGAAGCAUUCCUCCGAGCCUACACUGGCAAUGCUGAAGAAUGUAAUAGGAAAAUCCAGGAGAACCUGGCCAAGCAAAGGGAGGUGGAAAAGCUUAUUAAAAAGAUGUCCCGAGUAAUACUCAGAUUCAUCAUUUUAUAUAUUUCAUGUAAGGGGGAAAAACGGGCUAUUUUUUACUCCAGUUCAUAUUCAUUAGACUAGUAUUUCUCAACCUCAGCAAGUUUAAGAUGUGUGGACUUCAACACCCAGAAUUCCCCAGCCAGCAAGUCCACAUAUCUGAAAGCAUGCUGGCUGGGGAAUUCUGGGAGUUGAAGUCCCCGCAUUUUAAAAUUGCUGAGGUUGGAAGACAUUGCAACACCAAACCAGUUGAUGGUACUUCCAGUAUAUGGUACUAGUCAAACUUUCUUUCCGAUGAAAGAGGACCGGCUUAAAUGGGGAAGAGGUGGAUCAAAAAGGCAAGAUAUAAAAGUUCUGACCGAUCUUCUUCUUCCUCUUCUUCUUCCUCUUCUUCUUCUACUUCUUCUUCUUCUUCUCCUCCUCCUCCUCCUCCUCCUCCUCCUCCUUCUUCCUGCAUUAAUGCCAUAAUAUUCUUACCAUCAGUAGUGGCUCUCACUCCUCAUUAUUAUUAUUUUUAUAAGUCAACCAGUAGGCUGCAAAGAUACCCUAUCUUCCUAACUGGAUCAUAUCCUGAAAGAGAAAUAUCCUACGUUUUUGUUUAUAUCUGUGAAUUUCUUUACUUUCCCAGAACACUCCAAGCUUAUAAUACCUGGGACAUUCUAGGAAAGUAACUUGUGGUUGUGAAGCAGCAAUUUGAAAGGAGGUGCUUAACUGGGAAUGGAGCAAAUGAUUAUGUACCUGACAGAAUAAACGAGAUGAAAAUGAAGAACAGGACAAGGCCGAACAAGCUGUCAGGCAGCCUCUCCAAACUCUAUUUGAACGCUGUUCCACGCAUGUCACCAGAAGAAGUGAAAAGACUGGUUUCAUCAGCAUCCAAGCUCAUUGUUGCCGCGACUUCUAAAAUCUCCCCAGAAGAAAUGGAAACAACUCAAGGGCUUAAGAGAAGAGAGACGAAGAAUGCUAAGAGUUUCCACAAGAAGGAUUUUUCCACCAUCCAUUUUCAUGAGGAUCAAGCGAGAAGAGGCCAACAAAGCCGAACAAGACAAAGCGAUAAAGAGAUAAAUGGAAAGGCCAAAGCUUCAAAUGCUUGCAGUCCCUCUCCGGCUAAAUCUAACAGAAUUUUGUCCAUGGCUGCUUGGAAUUCUCAGCAGAAGAACUCUGUGCCUUCUUGGAAAGGUACAGAUAAUGCCGGCAUGCGUUCUCGUACAUCAUUUAAAAUCAGAAGACAGGAGUCCUCUUCCAAACCCGGUGAAAAUGUUUCAAGCAAGAAGUGUCCAUCGAGAAAGCCCCUGGCUCCAAAACCAAGCCAGGCCCUUGGAUCCAAAGCCCAUGAAGAUCGGCUUCAACGUUCGGCCGUCUCGAAAACCAAAGGGCAGGACGUGUCGAAAGGGAGCCGCGUUCACCCCUCUGCCAGGUCAACGGCUGAGAUUUACAGCAGCCGGCCUUCAGCGAGCGGAAAAAAGAUCAGAAAGCAACUCAGUUCUGAAAUGGUUUCCAGGUCCUCUAUCCUGAAAAGGGCCAGCGAUCCUAAACCCCACCGAAAUGAUCCUGGAGAAAAGCUUGUGAAAUGCACGCAAAGGAACGGGUUUAAAGACGAACGGGAAGGAAGGGAUUCACUAUCCCGAACCGCUUCCAAAGGCCAUCAGGUCAACUUUGCAAAUUGGGAAUCUCUUGGCUUGGAGAGGGGUAGAGUAAGAGGCUCUGAUGAUGAUGGGGAUGACGAUGAUGGGGCCACUGCAUCUUACCCAGAGGAAUGUGGGCUCACAGGAUACAUUAAAGAAGGAUGUAACUCUACAGUCCAACAAGGACCGACUUUUCUGCAUGAGCUUUGCCAGAUGACUCAAGAAGCACCUGCUGAUCAGACUGAGAGCGAAUCGAACCAGUCGUUCUCUUGGAAGGAGCCACGAGUCGUCCGUGCAGAGGAGGAUCACGUUAAUAGCUUGCAUGCGUUAGAAGAGUCCCGUAAACAGGAGGACAUCUGCAUCCCACCCAGGGCUCCAGCUGGCUGCAGAUGUUCAGAACUACCAAAUUACUGCGUGUGUGAAAUCAGGGAAGAGCAGGAGAUCGGAUUUCCUGGGAAAGCUACAGUGCUUUUGAAAAGUUUGGACAGGGGACUAUCCGAUGACGAGUUCACCAACUCGUCUCUCAAGCAGUGCCAGAUCGUCAAGCUGGUUAUGCGAACAGACGGUUGAAAACAUGACACUGAAGGAGGGCGUCAACCCCAAGAUGAUAACGUUUCUUUAGCAACUUCAGAAGGCUCCCGAAAAUGGCACCAUCCCACAGGAAGUGUCCCGUCAGUAUGAAAAAUAGAAGUAAAAAUCUUGUUAAAUUUUCCUUGCCAGUGACUGCAUUUCAUUCGAUGCUCGAGAAGUCUCUAAGUUACACACUUUUACAUUAUUUUGUAAUAAUCCGAAUUUGCUCAAGGAUGUCGCAACAGUUUGGUAGACCAUUAGAUGAUUUACUGCAGAUCUCUAGAUUUCUCUCGGGGUGUUUUCCUUCUAGACCUGUUGGAUUAUAGCUUCCACUGCUCCAAGCAUUAUGCUGGUUUUAAGAUUUGGUAUUUAUGUAACCUUAUAAUGAAGUUAGAACUAGUACUUCUAAAUGUGCUUCUUUUCCGGACAAUACUGAUCAUGAAAAUAAGGCCAUAUUUUUCCAGACAAGGAGUUUAUUUUUCUGUUUCUCCAAAUUUUUUCAGCUCAGAUCCCUGAACCUAAAACAGCGUAUUUUAAAACUGAGUUGUGUCUAAUUCUGGCUGCUACUUCAUUUAUUGCUCAACCUAAAUCCAAUUUAACACAGUAUUUCAGUGUUCAUAGCAGUCAAAUAAUCAGUAUUGUGUUUUUAUGUUUUCCCCAUAUUUUAGCCAAAUCCUGACUAAAUGACAAUAAAUGAUGGAAAUUUAUUGUAGGUAUAAAUAACUUAUGCGCUGAUUAUGUAACUGACGAUGAUGCUACGACAUUGCAAAAAUUUUAUUCUGAUGAAGCUGUUUUGAGUAUCUUUUCUUAUAAAGUAUUUUCUUCAGUUAGCCCAAUCAUCUUUUAAAACUGUCCAAACACAAAUAAAAGCGUGUUGUUUCUA